AAAAUGGCUAAAUUGGCAAUUUCAGUUUCAUUCUUCUCCUUGAUACUGUUAGCUUUAGCAUAUGGUUCUAAUGCUGGCAGCAUAGCUAUCUAUUGGGGACAAAAUGGUAAUGAAGGAACCCUUGCACAAACUUGUGCCACGGGGAACUAUGAAUUUGUUAUCUUAGCCUUUCUUCCAACAUUUGGAAAUGGCCAAAAACCAAUGAUAAACCUAGCCGGACAUUGCGAUCCAUACAGUAAUACUUGUACAAAGUUAACCUCUGACAUUAAGUCUUGUCAAGCCAAAGGCAUUAAGGUGUUGUUAUCAAUAGGAGGAGCUGCCGGUGGCUACUCGCUUGUAUCCUCUCAGGAUGCGAAACAAGUAGCAACUUAUCUUUGGAACAACUUUUUAGGAGGACAAUCUCCAUCUCGCCCUCUCGGUCCUGCUGUUCUCGAUGGUAUUGAUUUCGACAUUGAAGGAGGAACAAAUCUUUACUGGGACGAUCUUGCUAGAUACCUUAAAGUAUACAACAAAAAUGUAUACUUGACAGCUGCUCCUCAAUGCCCUUUUCCUGAUGCUUGGAUAGGAAAUGCCCUUAAAACCGGUCUUUUUGAUUGUGUUUGGGUUCAAUUCUACAAUAACCCUCCUUGUCAAUAUAGUGGAGGUGCAAUUAGCAAUCUUGAAGAUGCAUGGAAACAAUGGAUAUCUGAUAUUCCAGCCAAGAAAAUCUUCUUGGGGCUGCCAGCUUCUCCUCAAGCUGCAGGUAGUGGAUUCAUUCCUGCCACUGAUCUUACUUCAAAAGUGCUUCCAGCAAUUAAGGAUUCUUCCAAAUAUGGAGGUGUUAUGCUUUGGUCUAGGUACUAUGAUGAUCAGAGUGGCUACAGUUCUUCCAUAAAAAAUCAUGUUUAA